AAGAUUACAGCUCUGCGAUCCUGAGGUCAGAGGCUUGAGUCUAAGACAUAGAAUAUAUCAUGUUGAAGAUGACCGGGUGGCAGCGACAAAGCCAAAAUCAGAACCGGAACCUGAGGAGAGAGUGUUCCAGAAGGAAGUGUAUCUUCAUACACCACCACACCUGAAAGCAGACCUGAUCCAACUGCAGAGAUGGCAGCCGAGUCAUUGCCUUUCUCCUUUGGGACACUGUCCAGCUGGGAGUUAGAAGCCUGGUAUGAGGACCUGCAAGAGGUCCUGUCUUCAGAUGAAAAUGGGGGUACCUAUGUCUCACCUCCUGGAAAUGAAGAGGAAGAAUCAAAAACCUUCACCACUCUUGACCCUGCCUCUCUGGCUUGGCUGACUGAGGAGCCUGGACCAGCAGAAGUCACAAGCACCUCUCAGAGCCCUCGCUCUCCAGAUUCCAGUCAGAGCUCCCCGGCUCAGGAGGAAGAAGAGGAAGACCAAAGAAGAACCAGGAAACGGAAACAGAGUGGCCAUUCCCCAGCCCAGGCUGGGAAGCAACGCAUGAAGGAGAGAGAACAGGAGAAUGAAAGGAAAGUGGCACAGUUAGCCGAAGAAAAUGAACGGCUCAAGCAGGAAAUCGAGCGCCUGACCAAGGAAGUAGAGGCAACUCGCCGAGCUCUAAUUGACCGAAUGGUUAAUCUGCACCAACCAUGAACAAUUGGGACCGUCACUCCCCGACUCGGGCCAUGCUACUUACCUUUCCCAGAAGUGGCUACUGACCACCUUCUCACCAGUGCCAAUGAUGUGACCCUCAACCCCCCAUAUUCAGGGGUAAGGCUUGGGAUAGACAAAAGAAAAGGGUCUCUGCUUGUAUAUAGAGUGUACAUUUAUUCAUUAUUGUCCUUAUCCAUUAAAGGGACUUUCUAUGAGCCAA